AUGUCGCAGUCGUACUUCUCGCCGCGAAGGCAGGUGCAGUCAGAGCAGUCGACGCCUGCGCUCGUCGAGACGCCGGCCGUCAACUGUGAGAAACAGCUGCACGAUGUCCAGGCGGCUUAUAUCGAACACAAGGAUAGACUUGUGAAUGCCAUCGACUCUACAAAGACCAUUCUCGGCGACCUUCGCUCUUUCAAUAAGAACUCCUGGGUCGUUAGGUACCCCCAGUUCCACGACAGCAACAACAGCACGCAGGAACAAGCUUCUUCCGCCCACCGACGCACCCUCUCCCGCUCUCUUUCUUUCGCCGAUGAUCCCUCUGCUCAAACCGACGUCGUCCUUAAGCCCGUUCGUAGGGGUAUGGCUCGCGCCAUGACCCUUGCGGCCGUCAAGGACGUAGAUGAGGACCAGGUCGAGCAGCACUCCUCGACCACCGCCGAGAACGAUGAUGAUGAGCGUCUCAUCCCGUCGACCGACGCUUCAGAUUUCCAUAUCUUCCGUCUCGACCUCAAGCUCGGCGCACACGGUUCGUCCAACUCGCCCGCUUCGCUCGUCCACCAGCUCGAGAAAAACUCGAUCGCGAACCUCUUGGACGAGCGCAUCGCGGGCUCGAUGUCUCACAUCGACAAGCUCCGCGUCCGCGUCGAGGACACGUCCAGCAAGGUCCUCGUCACCGGUGACCUCAACGCCGGAAAAUCCACCUUCGUGAACGCGCUGUUGAGGCGUGACGUCAUGCCAGUUGACCAGCAGCCUUGCACGACCGCGUUCUGCGAGGUUCACGACGCGAAGGAGAAUGAGGGCAAGGAGGAGGUCCAUAUCAUUGCUGCGGGCGCGUCGUACGACAUCAAGGACGCUUCGAGCUACGUCCGUGCCGGGCUUACGGAUCUCGAGGAUGUCAUCUCCGAGAACGAGCACUCGGACCAGAUCCUCAAACUUUAUCUCAAUGAUCCCCGCUCGCCCACCCAGUCCCUCCUCAACAACGGCAUCGCUGACAUUUCGCUCAUCGAUGCUCCCGGUCUUAACCGCGACUCGCUCAAGACGACCGCCCUCUUCGCUCGCCAGGAAGAGAUCGAUGUUGUCGUCUUUGUCGUUUCGGCCGAGAACCACUUCACGCUCUCCGCCAGGGAGUUCCUCUUCAAUGCCUCGAACGAGAAGGCCUACAUCUUCGUCGUCGUCAACAAGUACGAGCAGAUCAGGGACAAGGCUAAGUGCAGGCGUCUCGUGCUCGAGCAAAUCAAGCAGCUCAGCCCGAGGACCUACGACAACGCGGAAGAGCUCGUCCAUUUCGUCGACUCGGCUUCUGUUAUGGGGUCGGACAAGGAGAACAUGCCGUUUGAGAACCUCGAGUCUGCGCUCAGGUCCUUCGUCAUUACCAAGCGCUCCAAGUCCAAGCUUCACCCGGCCUCGACCUACCUCUCCCACCUCCUCUCCGAUGUCGACCUCCUCGUCGGUGCCAACGCUAUCGUUGCCAAGUCAGAGCUUGAUCAAGCUAAGCAGGACCUCCAGCGUGCCCGUCCCAUUCUCGAGAAGAUGAAGGGUGGAAGGGACACCCUUGAGGACGCACUCGAGACCGUUGAGGAAGAUUCGUCCAAGACAGCGUCUUCGAGGACCAAACAGAUCUUGACCGACGCCCUCGACAAGGUUGGCUCCGGUCUCCUCGCCGUCGAGAAGACCGCCGUCCAGUUUCCCUCUUACCCCGGCUUGCUCGGUAUCUGGGAUUACGCUCGCGACGUCCGCAAGGCACUCUUGGCCAGUCUCGAUUCUGCCGUCAAGCUCGCGGAGGACGAGGCGAGAGUUACUACCACCACUGGCGUGCAGAAGAUCGCGCAGCUCGGAGAGGAGCAUCUCCCUGAGGGCGUCGAGCGCUCCCGCAGGGUUUUCAUGCCGGAGGCGAUGUUCUCCGCUGGCAAGGACGCGCGCAGGAGGUCUCGUCGUUUCUCUUCCGCCUCUGCAGUCAACGGAGCCGUCGUCGCUGGUGGUAUGAACGGCCUCGGUAUCGGUCUCGCACAACGUGCCGACCUCCUCGAACCUACUUUCUUCGACCUCUUCGACGUCCAGCACCAAUGGUUCGUCCACUUUGGCGACAAGAAGGUUGAUGAGGAUGAGGGCGAUGAGGAGGCGUCGCCCACGGCUUUGGGCGUCGUUUCGGUGGGCUUGGGAGCGUUGACGAUGGUUGGUGGCCAGGCUUUGGGUGCGAGGGGAAUUGUGGAGGGUAUUGUGAGGCUCUCGGAUCUGAUCGGUAACGAGACGGCGAGGAAGUGGGCCGCUCCGGUCAUUGGCGCUUCUGUCAUCGGUCUCACGGCGUACUUCAUCCUCGAGUUGCCCAGUACGAUCCCGAGGACCGUUGGGAGGAGGAUCAAGAGGUCGUUGGUGAAGAAGGAUGGCACGGUGAGCGAGGAUGUGUUGUUUGUGGGUGCACAUGCAGGCAGGGUUAGCAGGGAGACGAGGAAGGUGUUGAGGUUGGCGAGUUGGGAUUUGAAGGAGAGGUUCAGGGGAGCGAUGGAGGAGAGGGGCAGGGAAGUGAAGAAUGCGGAGGAGAUGGAGAAGAAGGCGGAGAAGGCUUUGGGGUGGUUCGAGGAGGUUGGACAGAGGACAGGAGAUGUGAGGGACAAGGCGGGGUUGAUCAGCAUGAAUGUUUGA